AUCGGAGGGCGGAAGAUGGGAUCGGCCGGGAAGAUUAGGGUGGGGAGGUAUGAGUUGGGGAGAAUGCUUGGAGAGGGAUCUUUUGCGAAGGUCAAAUUCGCACGGAAUGUGGAGACGGGUGAGAACGUGGCCAUCAAGAUUCUUAAUAAGGAGAACGUUCUACGGCACAAGAUGAUCGGCCAGAUCAAACGUGAGAUUUCAACAAUGAAGCUGAUCAAGCACCCCAAUGUUAUACGCAUGUAUGAGGUGAUGGCAAGCAAGGCAAAGAUAUAUAUCGUUUUAGAAUUUGUGACGGGCGGUGAACUUUUUGAUAAAAUUGCAAGCCGUGGAAGGAUGAAGGAGGAUGAAGCAAGGAAGUAUUUUCAACAGCUAAUCAACGCUGUAGACUAUUGUCACAGCAGGGGUGUUUUUCAUAGAGACCUAAAGCCAGAGAAUCUGUUGCUAGAUUCUAAUGGGGUUCUCAAAGUCUCAGAUUUCGGACUAAGUGCCCUACCUCAGCAAGUUCGAGAGGAUGGCCUGUUGCACACAACAUGCGGAACGCCAAACUAUGUGGCUCCAGAGGUGAUUAACAACAAGGGCUAUGAUGGAGCCAAGGCAGAUCUUUGGUCGUGUGGCGUGAUACUUUUUGUCCUCAUGGCGGGUUAUUUACCUUUUGAAGAUUCUAACCUGAUGUCCCUAUACAAAAAUAUCUUCAAAGCAGACUUCACUUGUCCUACUUGGUUCUCUACCAGUGCAAAGAAGCUCAUCAAAAGAAUUUUAGAUCCAAAUCCCCAAACUAGAAUAACUAUUGCGGAAGUCGUAGAAAGCGAAUGGUUUAAGAAAGGAUACCAGCCGCCAAGUUUUGAAGCAGCAGAUACCAGCCUCGAUGACGUAAAUGCAAUAUUCAAUGAAUCGGACGAGCCGCAAAAUCUUGUUGUUGAGCACAGGGAAGAAAGACCUGCUCUGAUGAAUGCGUUUGAGCUUAUUUCUACUUCUCAGGGUCUGAAUCUUGGCACCUUAUUUGAGAAGCCCAUGGGUAUUGUUAAAAAGGAGACGAGAUUCGCUUCAAAAGCACCUGCUGCAGAAAUACUUUCCAAAAUCGAGGAAGCCGCCAAGCCAUUGGGAUUUAACAUUGAGAAGCGCAAGUAUAAGCUAAAGCUGCAAGGCGAAAAAUGCGGAAGAAAAGGUCCUCUAGCCAUCGCCACCGAGGUUUUUGAAGUUGCACCUUCCCUAAACAUGGUGGAGCUUCGCAAGGCCAAUGGCGACACCCUAGAAUUUCACAAGUUCUACAAUAACAUCUCAGUCGGCCUCAAGGACAUAUUCUGGCAUACGGCGAGGGAAGAGGAGCAAGCUAAAGUACAUUAGAUUCUUUGGUAAAUUAUGUAAAUGCUUGCAUUUUUCCUGCAUAUUGCAUUUAUACCUAUAUUGAUAUAAUAAAAUAUAGUUAGAGGAUAGCUGAAAUAGGAAGUCUUGAUUGCCCGAGUCAUAUGGGAAAUUUGUACAAACUUCUUCCAUUAUAUGAUUUUUAUUGCCAAUGCAUUGCUUACUUCCUGUUAGCUGUUUGGAAUAGUAAUACAUAUGGCUUCCUGUACUCUUCUCUUAUUUGAGAGUUAUGUAUAUGAAUAUAAAAGUUU